CACUAUGAGUAUCUGCAGAAUUAUCUUUUUUAUCAAGCAAUUUUGUCUGCAGAAAAGUUAAUAAAGUUACAAGCAGUUACAAGCAAUUUAAAUUAUUUUCAAAUUAUUAUUAUUCUUUUCUAUUUUUGUAGUGUUCUCUGAACACUAAAUUUACGUUAUGAAUCCCGCUGAAGACUUGGCAGAAAGAGAAGCAGAUGCAGAAGUUGAACCAGAAGAGAAGGAAAAAACCAUUUGUGCUCGACUAGUUCUUACCCUAGAACAGGAAAAUGAUCUGCGUGAAGCUUUCAAUCUACUGGACUACACUGGUGAAGGGAAAAUAAAAGCUGAAGAUUUUCGUGUUGCUAUUAAAGCUCUCGGCUAUGAACCAACCAAAGAGGAGCUGCAACAAAUGGUGCAAGGCGUUGAUAAAGGAGACACAGGGAAGCUUAGUUUUGAGAACUUUGAAACGGCAAUAAUGAGAAAAAUCAUGUCACAAGACAGCGAUGGAGACAUAAUGAAAAGCUUCCGCCUAUUUGAUAUAGAUGACAGUGGUCUCAUAAGUUUUGAAAACGUGAAAGAAGUCACUCAAAUCCUUGGAACUUAUUUGACUGAUGAGGAAAUAGAGGAGAUGAUUGACGAUGCUGACAAAGACUACGAUGGCUUUAUUUCUGUAUCCGAGUUCAUGAGGAUGAUCAAAAAUUGUGUUAAUAUUGUUACUCCUUAAUAAUAAUGUAGUACGAUUAAAUAAAUGAAAACUACUAAGCUA